AAGCACUGCGAGUAGUUCCAACGAACCAAGUAUUAUUUUGGAAUUAGGCCAUUGGCCAUCACUGUUUUCAUGCAAAACUGGCGCUUUAUUAAAAUAAGAAUUUUGAAUUAUACAAAUUGUUGUGAAAAUGUAUCCGGACUUUCAAAAUGUUAAAGUUUUCUUGUGUAUUUUGAGUUUUAAAGCAUUUCUUAUACAAUCUAAAACGACAACAUUGUGGAAAUUAAACCUCGAUAAAACAAAGAUAAUAAAAGUUACCAAAUUUCACUCAGUCUAUUCAGCUAACGAUAUUUCGAAAACAGAUUUCGUUGCAGAAGAUCCACUAUUUGAUAUAAUUACAUCCACCGAACAUUAUGGAGAAUCAUGGGUUAAACAACCAGUUCAGUAUUAUUGUAGAGAUUGUCAAAAAAACAAACGUAAUGCUACUAGUGCUUCAAAUUCCUCAGAAAAUACUGGACUGUCUGAUGAGAUUUUAGACUGUGGGAAGCCUGUUAAUUUUACUUAUUUCGAUAAUUUAGUGGGUGUAGUGAAUAGAAAUCGUCAUCCAAUAGUUCCAGAACCACAAGCAAUUUUUUGUUUUACAAAAAAUUACGGAAAAUAUAAAAGUGAAAUUGAAGAUUUUGAUAUUGAUGCCCUAGAAAGAAAACUUAAAAAAGCUAAAAGAGAGAAGCCAAAAUCUAUCCAACUGUAUAACCAAAUUGGGAAUUUUUGGAGAAUAAAAGGAGAUGCCAGUAAAGCUAUUGAAUGUUUUCGUAGGGCAUUAGCAGCAUCUCCACAUAAUGCGGAAGUUCUUCUUAAUCUUGCAAGAAUAUUAUUCUCAUUGCAGUACUUAGAUGACGCUAUUUAUUUAACAAGGAGAUCUUUAGAAGUCCAAUCACAAGAGAAAGGUGCUUGGCAACAAUAUUUCACGUUGGGAGAAAUAUUUAAAGCUUAUGGACAUUAUCAAGAAGCAUCAAUACAUCUUAGACAUACAUUGGAACUUAAUCCGGAGUUUGAACCUGCCCAAUUGGCAUUAAAAGAGAUGGAAACAAUGCCAGCAGCUACAAUUCAUAUAUAUACUUUAGUAAUUAUUGUGUGCCUAGUACUGGGGGUACUUUUAGUUAUAUUAUCAUCUGUAGAUAACCUGGUGGAAUAUACGGAAGAUAUCAAACCUCAGAGACACUUUAACAAAGCCAUGGCAAUGAGAUCAUUGAGGGGUAUAUCUAUGACAGCAAAAAGGUGUAAACGACCGUCUAUUUAGCGUUAAAACUAAUGGGACGAAUUUGUAUUUUGACUCUGACUUUUCAAAUAUUCGCAGUACCUGUCCUGUAUUGUUUUAGUUAUUAAAUUAUUUUUGACGAU